CAACAGGGUGGAUGGAUUUCGUCUUUUUAGGUGUCCUUAGAUCGGCCUGCGUUUUAGACUGUAAACGUUAUCUAAUUUGACAAAAACCUGUGCAUAUUUAUAAGAUUUAUGUGCUCGCAUGGUUUACAUUUAUUAUGAAAUGGAACCGUUAUGUGAUGUUUUUGUCGGAUAUGUUCAGACAGUGUCGAUUCUUCACCGGCGGAGAAACGGUCAACGUGUCUUCGAGCAGGAAAAAGCGCCAACUUCUCUUUGCACCGUCUGAAUAGUCAAACAGCGGACUACAUGGUUUGAAUGACUAUAUAUUUGGGAAUAUAUAUUAAAACUGAAGCUGGAAUGAGUCCUUCAGUGCGCUGCGCUGUUCGGUCUCAGUAAGUUACUAAGGAGAACGACGAUGUCAGGUCUGCUGGCUGAGAAUGCUGGAACAGGACAGGGGAGUCCUGUGAAAAGGAACAAACUUUCCUUGAAGUUCUUCCAGAAGAAGGACACAAAACGAGCUCUGGAUUUCUCCGAACCUCAAGCAGAAGAUGCAAAGACACUAGAACAAGAAGAUUCUCCAGCCAGCUGUGAUCAGGUGGUCUAUGGCCCCGCCCCCUGUCCGUCUUCACCUGGCCUUCCAAUCCCAUGUGAGAAGAGGGAGAACCUGGUGCCUUUUGUGGGUCUCAAUAACCUUGGCAACACCUGCUACUUAAACAGCAUCUUGCAGGUUCUGUAUUACUGCCCUGGGUUCAGAGAAGGGGUCAAGAAGCUGUACGACCUUUCCAAAAGACCAGAGAAACCAAAGGAUGAAACUGCUAAAAAUGAAGAGCCUCAGAGUCAGCAGUCAGAGUGUGUGUCUGAGACUGUGCCGGCUCACAUCGAGCUCCUUGGGAGCUUCAGCAGCCUGAUGACCUCAGUGGAGCAGCUGCAGUCCAGCUUCCUGCUCAACCCCGAUGGCUUCAGCGAGGGAGAGCUGGCCACGCCCCCUCGCAAAAUACUUCACACCAUCAGGCAGCUGAACCCUAUGUAUGAAGGCUAUCUCCAGCAUGAUGCUCAGGAGGUUCUGCAGUGCAUCCUGGGAUACAUCCAGGAGGCCUGUGACACUAUCAGAAAAGAGCAGGAGCUGGAGAGGAAGGAAGAGGAGGAGGACGACAGAGACGUUAAAACAGAGAAUGGCGUUCCCUCGGAUUCUAGUUUCUCUGGGGCGGAAUCGAGAGCUUCCGUGGACGAGGACGGACAAGUCAGCGGAAAGAGGAAGAGCGACACAGAGGUGGGAAACGCCAAGAAGAAGCCCAAGUCUAAGAAGUCUGAGAGCGCUGAGGAAAAUGUCUGUAGAAAUAAACCCUUCACUCGCUCCAAGAGGAAGUCCUCCAGUGAUAUCACCGUGGACAGCGCUCAGAGUAAAGAGGGAGAGCAGGAGGAAGAGAAGAAGAAUCUGAAUCCCGAUGAAGAGAAAGAUGAAAAAGCAUCCGGUAAAGAGACAAGCGGGAAAAGGAAGAAGAGAGGUACUCUCGGUUGGCUAAGAUCCUCUGGGAAGCAGCCGAGUAUUUUCUCAAAGUUCUGCAGCGUCGGGAAGAUCAGCUCUACAAAUCCAAAACCUUUGAACAAAUCUGAGCCAGAGAAUGGACCAUCGGAGGAGCCAAAACAGAAAAGCACUCAACAGUCUGCAGCAAGGAAGUCAGCUAAAGGUCAAACAGAGAAACAACAUGACGUUCUGGGCCUGAUGGAGAAACUGUUCCAGGGCCGACUGGUGCUGAGAACUCGCUGUCUGGAGUGUGAGAGCUUCACUGAGCGGAGAGAGGACUUCCAGGACAUCAGCGUGCCGGUGCUGGACGACCAGCCCACCAGUCCAGAGGACCUAUCUGACGUCUCUCCAGACCCAAAGCCUGAGAUGAAGACCUUGACCUGGGCCAUUUCUCAGUUUGCCUCUGUGGAACGCAUCGUUGGCGAAGAUAAAUACUUCUGUGAAACCUGUCAUCACUACACAGAGGCUGAAAGGAGUCUGCUGUUUGACAAAACUCCUGAAGUCAUCACUAUUCACCUGAAGCGCUUCUCUGCCAGCAGCUUGGAGGUGGAUCCGUACGCAGGCCUCUCGAAAGUCAACACUCCCUUACAGACGCCCCUCACCCUGUCUCUGAACGAGUGGUGCACAAAGCCGUCGGCUGCUACAGGGCAGCAGUACGAACUGUUUGCUGUGGUCAUGCACAGCGGUGUCACCAUCAGCAGCGGCCACUACACCACCUACAUCCGCAUGUCCAAUCUGAAGGAUGCGAAGGUCUGGCUGCAGGACAAGAAAGAAAAAGUUUCUGAGGAGGAUGUAAAAGAAAGCAAAGAGGAAGCACAGACAGACGAAAACACAACCUUCGAGGAUGGCGAGGUGUCGGUCAGCCUGAGCACAAGGGGGCAGCGGCGAGCGGGUUUGGCUAGCACCAAAUCAGGGAGCAAAAAGCUUUUGGAGGGAGGUGUUGGACUCCUGGGGGGACAGAGGAGUUUGCCCAAUUGUGAGCUGGGAAGCAGCAGCAAAGCAGCUAACCGUGACGCAGCGGAGGGAUCUAAACGGAGAAAGACGCUAAGCAUCUCCAGCCAGAAUGCAGGUGGACUCAAAAAGGAGCCAGAGGAUACGGCAGUGGCUCCCCCUGGUGGGAUGGAGGCAGCAGAGCAGCAAGCAUUAACCAGCUUGCUGGAGUAUGAGGGGAAAUGGCUGCUGUUUGAUGACUCUGAAGUGCGUUUGUUUGAGGAGGAGAACUUCCUGCGAGCCUGUUCUCCUGAAACGUGCUCCUCAUCCACACCGUACCUGCUGUUCUACAAAAGGAUCCCCGAGCCCUGACACUAAAAUAAGCACAAGACAUAAAUGUGCACACACACACACACACAUACACACGUAAUUGUUGGUGCCAAAAACAUUCAUUGCCAUUUCAACACAUUAUCUAAAGUUUGUUUCCACCUGCAGCAGUCUCCUCCUUUAGGACCAAGGCCAGUUGACUCUACUCUAAAGCAGGGGCUCACUAUAAAGACUAGCUGAGUUUAAAA